AUGUCGUGUCCUACCAGUUGCACCCCAUUGAAACGAGUUCUCAAUGACCGCGUCAUCCCCCUAGAUGGAAAGAUACCUUGCCUGGGAAAGACCCUCAAAGGCCAAUACUGCAAGGCUCCGCUAGCGCGUGAUAGACAAAGCGAAGCUUUAUGCUUACUUGAGUGCUGCAUCUAUUGCUCCAGACCAGGUGGCCGACCACUGAAGUAUGCGAUCAAAGAUCUCGCAAUCUUGCUCGUCCACCAGCAACACAGUGGCGAGCAGGAUGCUGCGUAUACUAGAUGGAGAAAUAUGGUGAAGGAAUAUAAGAAUAAGAGGGAGAAGCCCCCGCGGAAACACCAUCGAGAACUUGAUCAAACCCUGGAUCGCCCGCAGGAAUAUUAUUCCGAUAUGUUCGACGACCGUGUCGCUCCACAACCGGUCAAACAUCGAAGGGACACGCAUAUUGUUAAGCGCAGUGAAUCAGAUCGAACCAGUCGCCUGAGCUAUCCAGCGACACCCAGAACCCCGCAACAUCGAACCAUCGAGGCUAAUGAACCCAUCGAGGAUGACAAGCCUGCUCAACACCCGGUGAUUCAUCCCACUCCGCCCAGCUCGGAAUUGCCAACAGAAGGCUGCAAGUCUGUGUCUGUGUCUGUCCAAACCGAGGCCUAUGAGGUAUACACACCUAUCACCUUGUGGUCAUGCUUGUUCGGGUUAAUCCUGCAAUGCGGGGUCAUGAUUUGCAGCCUUUUUAAGAUUCAAUUUGGUCUUGUUCAAUUUUGCGACCGUGCAGGGAAUGUGAAAAAGGGCUCACUGGACUUUAAGUUCGAAUUGGGUAUCCGGUGGACAUUAACGGGUUUGAUGCCACGAUGGGUGAUUUUCAUGGGGACUUCCUUUGUAGCAUUGUCUGUUUUGCUUGGGUCAUGGCUUGGGUUAUUGUGUAUAUGUUGGAUUGGGGUGCAAUUGCAGGAAAGUCCUAUCGAGUUGAAAUAUGAAGCCUAUAGGCUGAGAUAG